AUGGAACCAAAAAGGGCUAUUCUUAAUAAGUCCGAAGUACCGUCUGAUACUUUCUUUGAAACUUCAGAUCCGCACAUUACCGUCGGUCCGAGCCGGACCGAUGUCACAACGCAACGCAUCAUACCGCCGGCCGAAACACAGCCAACUAUCGAUCCGUCAAGUGAGUAUAGUAAUUAUUAUAUAAAAUUAAACGUUCAACAUCGGAAUCGUGUAUAUUUGAAAGUGAAUUAUUUAUUACACCAAAUUCUAACCGAUUAACAUACUAACCACGAAUAUUAUAAAAACGAAAAUAACGAAAAUCUAAAAAUUUUUCCGUCACAAACGUUGUGUUAGGGUUUAUCGUAAAUUCGAAAACAAAUUAUUUCGAAUAUAAUAAUAAGGAGAGGAGGGUUACAGAAACUGUUCAAAUUUUUCCGGUUUCGUUAAAUUCGAUAGUUUUUUCGUACCAUUUAGCGACAACCUUAACGAUUAGUUUUUUCCUUAACCUAUAUACCGUCCGAACACUAUCGUUUUUACACGGACUUAAAAUUUAAAUUAAUAUUCAGUCAAAAUAUCCGCAGGAAUAUAAUUUACGAAUAAAAUAAAUACCCUUUGUAUACCCUAUACUUUAUUUUUAUUAGCUGUCAACGUGUCGAGUUCUAUACAGACCGACAAAAUUGAAGCGGUCGGAUCCGUGAAAUGCUGUAAAGAAAAUAUAGAUGCUAUAUUUAACACGAUGCAUGAACGUAAUCUACUAACCAAGGUUACUAUUAUUAUAUUGUUAUGUACUUACUUGAAUUAAAACUUGUACGAACAAUUUCACUAAAAUACGCUAUAGCCGGUAUAAUAUUAUUUGUUAAUAAUUUAUUUAUUUAUUUUUAUAUCCUAUAUAGUCUAAAGAAAUCAAAAAAAUUAUCGUUGAAACCAAAGAGAAAUGUUUACCAUGGUUAGCACCAUGUAUCAUUACGAGAUACAUCAGCGUAGAAUCAAGUCAUCAUACAAUGUACUUAAAAUUUUUGAACAUAUUGAACAACGAAAUUCUCACGGAAUUAAUAACGCUAGAAACUGAAUCAGAUAUUAAAGUGAAUAGGAACAUUUUUUUUUAUUUGACUAAAAUGUUUAAUUUUUAUAUGAUUAUUAGGGAACAGAUUAUAUACAAUUAAAAUCCGUAAAAAACACUAAUAGAAUGCUAGAGUGGUUUUAAAAAGUCCCUCUUCCUACGGUUCUAAGCCCAUUAAAUAAUUUUGUCUAAAACUGACAAAUUAUUAACACCAAGUAUUUAUUUUUUUUUUUAGAACACGUACAAAUUUAUUUUAUUUAAUCGUUUUUGUAGCGCUUUUUGUGGAUUUUAAGUGUAUUUAAAUCCGUUCCCCGAUGAUAAUGAAUACGACUUAUUUUAAAAUAAUAUCUUGCGUAUCUCGUUAGGCAUUAUUAAGCAAAGAUGAUGAGAGUCAUACAUGUAGAAAAACUUUAAACAAUUUGGGAAGUUGGUACGGGAUGAUGACCCUGGCCAACAAUAAUCCGUUCGGUAAGACGUUUGAAGACUUGAAGAUACUACUAAUUAAGGCGUACCAAGAAGGAGAAGAAAAAUUGAUGUACACUCUGCCGUUUGUUAUAAGAAUUCUUGAAACGUGCGCUAAUAGCACAGUAUGUCGAAUACGUUUCGUUCUUAUCGAUUUAAUUUCUGAUAAUUUGUUGGUAUAAUAUAAUUCUAUUUUGUUUCAUCAUAGGUGUUUAACACUACCAGCCCGUGGACGUUGGACGUGUUAUGUUGUUUNGUUCCGAUUUGAAAUCGAAUUAUUGUGUAAAAAAUUAGAAAUUGAACUCGAGGUGAAAAUAUUAAUAUUUUAAAUCUUUAUCUGUAAACUGAAACCUUAUAUUUCUGUUAUUUAGGAUUUGAAGCCCACAACGAGUUAUUUCAUUGAAAAUCCAUAGAAAAAUGUUUGCAUACGAGAGUCUUACCUAUUUAAUUAAAACGAAAAUUUGUCCUCACGCAGUCGUUUCUCCGUCGGGUCUACAGC